AGUAUAUUAACAGUGGGACACAAUCGGGUAGUUGCAUUUGGAGCGGAUACGUAUUAAUACCUACGGAACGGUCGAAAUUAUUAGAAAAUAGUGCUUGCAUGGGUGCACGGUAAAAUUCCAGCAGGAGGCUUUAAAAAUUCUACAAUAAAACAACAACAAUGUGAAUAAAUAGUUUUUUUUUAAUAAAGAAGUUCUUUUAAAAAGUGUGGCAAAUAAAAAGAAAUCUCUUACUAAUAAAUAUAAUUAAGAUCCCUAAAAAUUAGCUAAAGAUUCUCCGCCUAGAGCAACAUUUCAGUGAGACAAGGAAAAAUGGCCAAAAAGAUACCAUUCAAUGUUGUUUUCGCCACCGAUGAAGACCCCGCCUUUCCUGCUAGCGAACUCAACACACAUGGUCCGACAGUGCACGGCUGGCGCAGCGCCCCCGGUAGUACCAUCACGCCACACGACAUCGUACUGCGUUUCCACAGACCCGCGAAGAUCUGCCGCAUACAAAUAUUGGCGCAUCAGUUCCUUAUACCUGAAAAAGUUGAGCUAUGGCUGCACUACUCGCCGAAGGGCAUACCGAGCACACCAUCCUCACAGUGCUUCGAUUUUCUCGGCUUUGUUGCACUCUCCGACAACGCGGCCACGAAUUACAAGUCGCGUGAGCUGCAGAGCGUUUCGGUGAAUCCGCGACGGGGUACGCAUCUGAAGCUGCGCUUAAGCACCGCGCACCGCAACGACUACAACCCAGAUGGACAAGUUGCACUGAUUGCAGUCAACGUCUUGGGCGAAGAGUUGGAUAAGAAUGUGACGGUUGCAGUGACUGAAUGCGCCGCGCAAGCUGAGUCGCUGAACGCCGGCGGGAAUGGCAACGCUGCUGCGGCUGUAAGCAGUGAGCAAAACAAUACUGAGUUGGCAGCUCCGCCUGGGUCUGCGGCUGAGCCGGCUUUAGUGUCCAUCUGCGAUGACUUGCUCUUUUCCAUGUAUGUUGAGGAAUCAAUUGCGGAGAUCAUACGUGAAAUGGAGGAGAAGAAACUGCAGGCGGUCGGUGCGGAACGCUUUGAAUAUGCGCGCAAGUUGAAGCUUUGUAUGACAGCGCUGCGCACAGCCGGCGAGCGUUUGGGUCGUUAUGCGCUGGCUAAACGCCAGGCGGUGCAACAGGAGGACUUCACUACCGCUAAGUUGCGUAAAGAGCAAAUCGAAAUGUACAAGUCGCUUGUGCUGAAGCACUUGUUGGUCAACGAUUUGCUGGAAGCCAACGGUUUGAAUGCUUCGAAUGAUUUGGCGAGCGAAGUGUAUGCCAGUAAACCGAUAUUGCCACCAGCGCCAAGUUUGCAAGACGUCGCACAAGCGCUAGCCGAAGCGCACUACCAAACAAGCACAAUGAGCCCGAAGAGCCUAAAAGACGAUCGUUCCUCCCUAGAUGGUUGUAGUUCGAGCGGUGGUGGAGGCUGUGGUGGCACCGUCAAUUCAACACCAGCUGGUAUCGCACAAACUAAUGCCAAUGAUAGUCUCUCACUCACAUCAAAUGUGAAUCUGCGGAAAUCACACGACGACAUACCAGUUUCGCCCAAAUUGGGGAAAGGACGUAGUCCCAGUCGACAUAGUUCACCCAUGUCCAGCCGUCAGGGUUCGUUGCGCCGCAGAAACAAAAGCGCUCCCCGUAAUUCCUACGAAGAUUAUGAAGAGCGUGCUGUGCCCGCUUUAAGGCAUUCAAAUACUAAUGAAUUUUUAAGGGAAUGUCAAGGUACAGCUCUACUGGAGGCCGAUCCCAAUCGCGGACGUUCGCGCUUGAAUGAUCGCGAACGUCGACAGGCUGCACUGCCGAUACUCGUGUUCGGCAAUGAUAUGGUUGAACAGUUCUAUUCGCGUCAAUUUCAGGAUCGGGAGGAUGGUUUGAUUAGUUUGCGAAAUUUUCUCAAGGGCAUCGAUGGCGAACAAUCGAAUACCAACGCCAGUACAAACCCCACUCCGAAUUGUAACUCGGGUAGCGAGAGUACGGCCGGUCCUAACAAGGUGGCACGCAGCGCUGCGCUUUUGCUCCACCGCGCUGUACGCGAUGCUGUCUACUCAGUUUUCAGUCAAGCCACCGAAACGGUACGCGUGCUCUUUCUCGAAUAUGUGCCUGGACGUGUGUCACAAAGCGAAGUGGCACGUUGUGUCGACCGUCUGCUGCCCGAACUCUUGGCUAAGUCUGGUGAUCCAUCAGCGCGCAUUCACACCUUGGCCCAACACACCAUACUCAGUAUUGCUGCCUGUCCAGAGGUGAUUGAGCAGCAUCUGGUGGCGCCAGCGCUUUCACGAAGCGUUAGUUCGGGCACACAUCCACGGCUGGCGCUAAGUCGCAUGCAAAUGCUGGAGCAGCUGGUACUCAGUCAAGGCAUCGGCACCGAUAAGCAUAGCGGUUUAACCUGUCGCGCACUUUCCGAAUGCGGUUGCUCGGGCAUACAUCAUCCUGCUGAGCCGGUGCGUAAGGUGGCCGAACGUAUUUUGUUGCUGGUGUAUAAAGUAAAUCCACGUUUGGUGCGCAAGCAGCUACCACCGGACGAUGAUAUAACCAGACGUAAUCUGCUCUAUCGUCAAUUGUUCACGGAAUUCGAUAAGUUGGACUUGGAGCGUAAGAAAGAAAUGCUAGAGGCCAAUAAAUAUUCCGCACACAAUAACAGUGAUCCCAUAACUCCACCACCAAAUCGUGGCCGUAAUGAUUUAGAGCACUUGCAGCAAGCCACCGGCAGCGCAGGCGGUAGCAGUUGCGGUGGUGGUGCUGGGAGUGGCAGCGACAGCCGCAGCAGUCCUUAUGGUUACAUGUAUAGCACAAAAUCACCGGAUCUGCAAUCCAGUCCGAUGCGUCGCUCUGAGACGCGCAUAUUGAAAAGUAAAAGUGGUCAUGCAUUGGGCGGCACGAAUGGUUACGCGAGCGGUAGCAGUGGCGGCGGUAAUGGAAUGAGUAGUGGUAGUGCCGGCGGACUAGCAAGCACAUUUUCCAACUGCAAUGGCAAGCAACAAUACAAUGAACAACUGAAGCGUUCGAUGAUAUCUGCAAGCAACUCGAGGAAGGGCUCGAAUUCGAACUCCAACUCGGAGUCUUUGGAAGAGCCACCCGAUUUAAUCCAUUGCCCAUUUUGCGAUUGGUGCUGCAGCAGCAGUGAUCAGUCCCAAUUGGAUCGACAUUACUGGAAGUCUUGUCCUUUCCUAACCAAGUGCCCUCAAUGCAGCCAAGUACUGGAAGUGGCGGCCUUAAAUUAUCAUCUGACAAAGGAGUGCGAGGCAAAGGAUAGCUAUGUGAUGUGUGAACGCUGCACGGAAUCGGUGCACAAGCAGUUGUAUGACCUGCAUCAGAUGGAAGAUUAUUGCCGUGAAUUGAAGACAGGCGCAGCGCGUUGCCCACUGUGCCACGAUGAUGUGCAUCUGCCCUUGGAUGGUGGCUGGAAGCUACACUUACUCAGCUCUACUGGUUGUCCUGGCAACACUAGACGCCGUGCAAAAAAAUCAAACUAACUUUAAUGUUUAGCGAAUUUUAGUAGUAUUACACACACACACACACACAUACAUACAUACAAAACUAUGUAGUUUACGUGAUGUUUAGAAAGAAAAUUAUGAACUACCCUUCAAUGGCAGAAUUGCAGGGAUGACUGCAGGUAAUUAAACACUAUAAAAACAAAAACUCUUUCUCAAAAAGUUAGAAAGAGAGAAAAACAAAAAAAGAUAAUUUCGAAAUUUCGUAUUUAGUGGUAUGUAUUGAAUGCCUUCAUACAUCGGAUUUAAUAAUCGUUAAAAGAAAUGUGUUAAAACUACUCGAAAUAAGUAUUUACACACA